GCGUUAGUACAUUCGGGUGAAGAGUAUGUAAAAAUCAAAACAACAUAAACUAAUGUGUUUUAAUUUGAUUAUUCUCAAAUGACUGAAGUACAAUAUAAAGAGGCCGAGAUCUUGGCUCUACUACCACAUACAUAUGAGGAUGAGGAGCUGUCCUUAAACACAGAAGAGCUACAGUUCGAGGAACUCAAUGAGAGAAGCCAGCACCAGCAAGGCGGAUCUCCGUCCUUCGUCUGCAGACGCUGUCCAGCGCUAUUCCUCACCAGGGAGGAGUUGGCCGCCCAUCGGCCCACACACCGAUACCAGGGUGGACAGCAAACGCCCGCGUCGGAGCAUGCCUGCGACGCGUGUGGAAGGGUCUUCCAAAAGCACAACGCCCUUGUGGAUCACAUGAAUGCCCACAACGACGUGCGGAACUAUCCGUGUCCCGAGUGUCCGGCGCGCUUUGUGCAGCGCAGCAAUAGGGAGUGUCACCUGAAGAACGUUCAUCGGAAGGUGUACCUGCACUCCUGUCCAGAACCGGGCUGCAAGAAGCGUUUCCAGCAGAGGCGGGAGUGUGAUCAGCAUGUGAAGACGGUCCACCAGAAUGAGCGGAACCUCGUUUGCGACACCUGCAGUGCCCGCUUCAGCCAUCCUGUAAAUUAUAGAAAGCACUUGGCGUCCCAUGGCUCCGCGAAGAGCUACGGCUGUCCGAUCUGUGGAAAGCUCUUCGGACGGCCCGAAAACAGGGAUGUUCAUCUCUUCGUCCAUAGUAUCUGUAAGGCCUAUAUAUGCUCCGUCUGCGGAGCAGAUUAUAUGCGGCGCAAUCAGUUGAUACGCCAUGGCUUGGCCAGUGGCCACCACAACGAUCCGAUUGUCCGCCAAAAACCGCAGUUUAGUCCGGCCCUUGCUGCGAAGAAUCGAAGCCAGAGAAGCGCAAUAGACGAGUCCCAGGACGAGGAGCUCCAAUGGCUGAAAGGAGUUGACGCCCUCGACAGCGCAGGAUACCUGGAGAAUUCACAAUUUUCGAACACCGGCAAGAUGACUGCCAUAUUUGCAGAGGACGAAAACGAAAGCGAGUUAUUCAAUUGAAUAUGCAUUGAGUAAGAAGUACCAGCAGUGUGGUAUUGACCAUCUAGGUGCUUAAUCAGCAUACUAAGUAGGAACAGCUUAGUUCGAAUGAAAAAACGAAUGUAAUUGUAAAUAUGAAAACUGAACAAUUAGGUCAUAAUAAUUAGCAAUAUUUACUUAGAUAUCUAUACUGCAUUAUAUGUAGAUGUACAUAUGUAUCUAUUGUACGGAAAGAGUCGAAAACUGAAAAAUUGAAUCUACAGACUUGGCUUUGGCAGAAAACGCCAUUAAUUAAUGAAUGAUAACAUGCAAAAAUGAUUACCGCAUGCAAAACAUGAACCGGAGACGUCGGUCAAAAAGUAACAACACAACAAAGAAAUGAAUGAAAAGUGAAUGUCGCUGCUGCUCUUGCACUUUAAUAAAAAAUGUGAAAUGAAAUGUUGGUAUCGCCGGUCGCCCCUCCUGCCACCACUGCCCAGAAAGCGCACGGAGUGGGUUGGGAAUUAACAAAAAUCAGGCGUUAAGCCCAUAAAUAACCGAAUCGCGACGGGGAAAACAUAAAAGUGUAGGGGAUUAACAACUGGUUACAGCCAUAACGAUGAAAUGAAAUUAUUUAACACCUUUUUCACGGCUCAUUUCGCUGCUAAUGUGCGAGCAAAUUUGACCCACGCCUUUGACUGCUCUCGAUUCCCCAGUUAAUAGAUCUAUCAUCAGCCCACCGAUUGCUGUCCAAUGCAGCUUAUCAACUCAACCCCCCCCCCCCCCCUCUGCAUUGUUCACAUCUGUCACAUUUGCAGCCCUUUGUUAACUGUCAUACGAAACUAUCUAAUUUAUUGCUGCGGCCGGCCUUUCAAUUGUUGUGGCUGACUGAACUUGUCGACACAGUUAGGCUUCCAAGAAAGAAAGAAAGAAGAUUGCCCGCGGGGGCUUACAUAACACCUGACCCUGCCCGAAAAUAUAUUUUUGGGGGAUUACCUCAGCCCCAGUCCGAGUGACUCUCUGACUUUAGUGGUGUGACCCCAGCAGGGAACCGGAACCCUCCACAAAGGCCUUCCAUAUACAGCCGCCUGUGGAAUAUGUUCUAUAUCUCGAACUAUAUCGUCUCUGAUCUCUAAUGUCUGAUUAGCUUGGCCGCUCCCAUUCACAGAAAUAACUAUUUCCCACCCCAGGGGGUCUGAAUGGCUCAGUACAAUGAGUUCGAGUCAGGUUGGAAAACCAUGGAAAACUAUGCAGAUCUGUUUCCUUUUCUUCCUAAGCCACGUCUCGCUGGGCGAACUCUGACCACUUCCGCAGCGAAUGUGAUUCUCAAUCAGGCGCUCAAGUUCACUUCUCAGCGUGGGUCAAGUUAUCCAAGAGCCUUCCAGAUGAGGAGAUUAUGAUCAUGAUCAUGAUCACUAAUCCGAUCCGAUUUGAGACGAGGCGAUCAGAGCCCAUCAAGCUGUCAUCCUUUCACUUUCGCUGUGUCUUGUGUACUUUGAUGUAGGUCAGCGACUUAAGGAUCAAAUGCCCGAACUGGUCGAACCGCAAAGAUUGCGCAACAGAGAUUGGAAUGGAAAAUGGGAUGAAGUUGAAGUUAUGAUUAACAUGGAAGCAGAGUGAGAGGCGGCGGCCAGUGCGUUGACCAUCCAUCACGCGGCGGUGAAUGGUGCAACUGGGGGAUAGGCAAGCGGAACCAGCGGAUGGCAUCCACUUGAUCGCAUUUGUGAACACGUUGUGAACACGUUGUGAACUCAAGACGCCUCCUUUUAACUUGUAUUCUAAUUCAGCAGGUCUAAUUCAGUUAGCCUGGGCAGCCCAAGCCCAUUCGACUCAUUGCCAUGCCAGCGUCGUUUUGGAAGCUCCACUCCCUACGCUGCUCCACGCCUCCCACGACAGCCGUCCACUCUUUAGUUUGAUAUAGUUUCACGCAUCAAAUGCGAAUCACAAUUUUUAAGCGAAAUCCGAAAUCGAACCAAUUUGUAACCACAAAUC